GUGUUUACAAGCAUUCGAUAGAACUGUCUGUAAAAAUUUAAACUGUCUUUAUGACAUCUUGCAAAACCCAAAAUGACCAGUCGUUCUAUUUUACAAGUUUUUGAGAAUUAUCAAAAAUCUAGACUAGCUUUCGCUCAAACCAUAAGCGAUUUAGCUACUAGACCUCAAAAUGUUGACCUUAUGAAAGGAGCUCAUGUUUUAGAUCUACUCAAACCAUUAAUUAUGGAUGUUUGUCCCCAAAUAAAGCAGUGCGCUUCAAUAGCCCUUGGAAGACUUGUUCAUAAUGAUCCCGCUAUAGCUGAAGAGUUGCUUGAUGUUGGUAUAUUGAGCAUAUUAUUGCACAAUGCGGGAACCGGCAAUAAGUAUCAGAAAACCGCAGUUUUGUUCGUCCUGAGAUCAAUUUGCAAACACAACGAAAAAACAGCCCAGUCGGUUGUUAAAAAUGGGGGACUUCAGACAUUGGUUUACUGCCUUGAAGACUUUGAGCCAGCAGUCAAAGAGUCGGCAGCCUGGGGCAUUGGUUACAUUGCGCGACAUAGUCAGAAAUUAGCCCAAGAAUGUGUUAAUGCUGGCGUUCUUCCACUUUUGAUGCUAACUCUUCAGGAACCAGAGCUGAGCCUAAAGCAAAUUGCCACGAGCGCUGUAACUGACAUAGCUAAGCAUUGCGAGGAUUUAGCAGUAUGUGUUGUUGAUGCGGGCAUUGUACCGUACUUAGCAAAAAAUUUGCAAAACAGUGACGAGAAGCUCAAAAGACAAUGCUUAGCAGCUUUGAGUGCGAUCGCUAAGCAUUCUCCAGAGCUGGCCGAGGUUGUGGUAGAAGCGGAAAUAUUCCCAUCAGUGUCCCAACAUCUUUCACAUGCUUGUCCAGCUAUAAGACGAAAUGCUGCUUGCCUCAUUCGAGAUAUUGCUAAGCAAUCACUAGAGCUGACUCAGUUUGUUGCCAACACAGGAGGAAUUGGAUCUUUGUUGGAGGUGCUAUUUCAAUAUCCGGUUAAACAACCCGAUCCAGUAAAUGAUGCACGAAUUCCGUGCGUCAGUGCCUUGGGCUUCAUUGCAGGGCAAUCAGCUCAGCUAGCGAUGACGGUGUUGGGAUGUCGCACAAUUCAAGUUUUAGCUGUAAUGUUGAAUGAUUCAACUGACGAAAAUCUUUUAACUGUUACUGCCUGGACCAUAGGACAAAUUGGACGACACAGUCCUGAACAUUCUGCAGCUGUGGCAAGCGCUAACAUUUUCCCAAGAUUGGUGCAAAUUUUCCAAAACCCAGAAUCAUCAUUAGAUCUUAAAACCAAAUGCCAUGGUGCUCUGAAAUUAUGUCUGCAAAAUUGCUUGCUCGUAUCAGCUUUGGAACCGUUGCUGUCUCUGGCACCACCUGAUAUCUUGAAAUAUGUGUUGGGACAAUACAGCAAGGUACUUCCAAAUGAUCCAAAAGCAAGACGACUCUUCGUUACAUCUGGGGGAUUGAAAAAAGUUCAAAUGUUAAAUGCAAAACCUGGCACGACGUUAAUGGAAUACAUCACAGUGAUAAACUCCUGUUUUCCUGAAGAAAUUGUCAGAUUUUACUCUCCAGGAUACCCAGACAGUUUGCUAGACAAAGUGGAACAGUAUGCUCCCCAAUUAAUGACAGUUCUUCGUGAAACGGAACAAACUAAUGAAGAAAUCCAAACAGAGAUAGUCAAUGCGGUAGCUAAAGAUGAGCUGAGCUCGGACUCUGAUUCUGCGCACGCUGUUGCGGGUGCUGAUCGGUCGUCGCAUUAAUUUACUUAUGUACGUCCCUUAAAUAUUCACUUGUUAUACACUAUAACAAAUUAUUUUACAAAUCGUGCUAAAAUUACUUUGGUCAAUAAAACGGAGUCAAGUAAUCGGUUGAA